AUGGCUUCUUCUCAAACCGCUGUUCUUCCCCCAACAGAAUCCAGGACACUCUUUGAUGCUUCUUGGGGAAAGCUUUCAAAUGUACCCACCGAAUUCGUAUGGCCUGGUAGCGAAAACCGCCUGAACCUUCCAGAACUCCAAGUUCCACAGAUCGAUUUGAAGUCUUUCCUCUCCGGGGAUCCUAAAACCGUUGAAACUCUUUGCACCGAGGUUAACGAGGCCUGCAAGAAGCAUGGAUUCCUCAUCCUUGUUAACCACGGCGUCGACGCGGAGCUCGUGGCCACAACCGAAAAGCUAAUCGAUGAGUUCUUUACCAUGCCCAUGGAGGAGAAGCUGAGGGCUGAGAGAGUGGUUCCGAGUCCUUGGGGGUAUGCUAGUAGCUUCCUUGGAAGGUUCCAUUCCACUCUUCCAUGGAAGGAAACUCUUUCAAUAAAUUACUGUGCUGAACCUAAUCGGAAGACCGUGGAGGAAUACUUUGCUAGGGUUUUGGGGGAAGAUUACAAGCGAUUUGGAACUACAUUGGAAGAGUACGGUGAAGCCAUGAGUAAUGUUUGCCUGGUACUGAUGGAGCUACUUGGAUUGAGCUUAGGUGUUGGGCGCAAAUAUUUCAGAGAAUUCUAUGAAGACAAUGAAUCUGUGAUGAGGCUGAAUUACUAUCCAACAUGCCAGAGACCUGAUUUGGCCCUAGGAAUUGGGCCCCACUGUGACCCUACAUCCUUAACCAUUCUUCAUCAAGAUUUAGUGGGUGGUCUACAAGUGUUUGCAGAUGAUCAAUGGUACUCUGUGUCUCCAAAACAAGGAGCUUUUGUUGUCAACAUUGGUGACACUUUCACGGCUAUGACAAACGGACUUUACAAGAGUUGCUUGCACAGAGUGGUUGUGAACGAGAAAGUUGUGAGAAGAUCGAUUGCUUUUUUUCUGAAUCCAAACGGAAAGAAAGUAGUGAUUCCUCCAAAAGAACUUGUCACCGAGGAGAAUCCAAGGCUCUAUCCAGAUUUCACGUGGCCAACUUUUCUUGAAUUCACACAGAAGUUUUACAGGACUGACUCCACAACCCUUGAAGUUUUCUCAAAGUGGGUUGAGGAGCAAAACCAGCAGCAAUGCAAGGAGAAUUGA